GCUUAGGGUUAGGGUGUGGCAAUGGCCGCGCGACGAGCUCUCCGGAAGCUCGGAGGGGGAGCUUCCAGUCUCUUCGCCGAUUGCCACACAUCACAUUCUUCCGGGCAACGAUCCUGGUCCAGGUUUCACGAAUUCGCGAGGGCGGAUUAUCACUUCGCCGCGCACAGGGAUGAAUCAUCGCGGCGGGAUCAGGGGCAUUUCCCGCUGGAUGCCAGGAGCAUCGCGAUGUUUGGGAAUUCCAGGAUUCUGGGCAAGGCUGUUGCUGCUGCUGGCCUUGGCGGCGGCCAUUCCGUUCGAUUUUGUAGCUCGAUGAGUGAGAGUGCGGCGGAGAGCAUUCGAUUUCCGGAGACGCUGGCGGAUGCCGCGCAGGAAAUCGUGUCCGGCGCCGCUGGUGCCACUUACGAUCUUAGCAAAGAGAUCGUUUUGGCGGUGUCCGAGUCUUUCCCCUGGACAGCGGCAGUGCAGUACGUUAUAUACGCGACUCACGUUGUUACAGGUCUUCCUUGGUGGUUGUCCAUAGCUCUCACGACGGUCGCCGUUCGUACUAUGGUUCUUCCACUGGUUAUCUAUCAAGUGAAAUCUACGGCAAGGUUUGCGCUGUUGAGACCAGAUCUCGAGAAGAUCAAAGUUGAUAUGGAACAAGCUAACUAUGAUCCUGUCGCUUUGGCCGAGAACAAGAGGAAAAUGGCUGAGCUCUUUGCAAAACACAAAACUGAUCCUUUUACUCCUCUUAUCGGCGCGCUGCUUCAAGGACCUAUCUUCAUGUGCUUCUUUUUUGGGCUGCGCACAAUGGCAGAAAAAAUGGAUUCUUUCAAAGAGGGUGGUGCGUUUUGGUUCACGGACUUGACAACUCCGGACGAACUAUAUAUUCUGCCUUUCAUUACUACUGCCACUUUCCUGAUAACAGUGGAGCUCAAUGCUGUCGACGGAAUGCAAGGACAACCGAAUCAGAAGACCAUGAAGAACAUAUUGAGAGGAAUGGGAGUUUUGUUUCUGCCUCUCACUGCGCAGUUUCCGAAGGCUCUUUUUUGCUACUGGGUGACGUCCAACCUGUGGUCGAUGCUUCAGGGUGCUUUGCUGCGAAACAAGAAAUUCAAAGCAUAUCUCGACAUCCCGGACACGUCUCACUUGGGAACUCCAGCGCCGCCGCCUACAAUCACCAGCUCCAAACCCCCGGCGAGAAAGGCAAUCACUCCUCCACCGGGCGUAAGUUUCAAUCCCGGCGACUCGAAGAAGGCAAGGCGCCUGGUCCACUGAGCCUACCAAAAUCUCUGCGAGGUAAUUUAGAGCAAGUUUUGCAGGAAACACGAAGAACAAUUAAUCAUAAAGUUGCUGCCACCAGUGUAAAAAAAUCUGAGACAACGUUUCCAUGUUCUCCAAAAGUAUCAAAGCUGAUACGAAAGAGAGGCUUAUUCUUAUUC